AUGAGGCUUAGUGUCUGCAUUGUUACUGGGAAAAUGACUGGGAAUCCUGGACUUGCCAUGAUUAUUUUCCUUAUUGUGUACUCAGACAAAGGGAGACAUGUUGUUGUGGGAUAUUACAGGUAUGAAACUACAAUGAGACAACACAGUAAAUGGUAUGAUGCUGAUGAAAGUGAGGACUGUGCGUGGGACUGCGGUGGGGUGCAGGACAGGGCACAGGAUGGCAAUGGGACGGAAGGCAGCGGGGUGUGGGACGGAGCGCAAAAUGGCGGUGGGGCACUGUGGGACGAGGUGCAGGUCAGUGACAGUGACGGGGCACGGGAUAGGGCACAGGAUGGCAGAAGGGUGCAACAGAUUAUCCCACUUGAAGCCUCAUCCAUGAUGAUUAAUGUGUUUCUUUUCAGUGUGCCUGUCAAAAAAUAUCAAUACAUUCUGACAAUGAUUUUUGUCACUGAGGAGAUCAACAGAAAUCCCAAACUUAUACCCAACAAGUCCAUUAAUUUUUACUUCAUUCCUUCCAAGUGUGAUGAUUCAUGGGCUAUGAUAUCUUACGUAACUUCCACAGAAGAUAAAAAGAGCACUGUUCCUAAUUAUAGCUGUGAAAUAAUUGAAUGUGGUGUGUUAUUUUCAGGACCAUCAUGGGCAGCAAGUAGCAAACUUGGGACAUUGAUGUCAAUCUUUAAUGUAGGACAGAUUCACUAUGGCCCAUUUCAUCCUCUUCUGAGUGACCAUAUACAGUAUCCUUAUUUGUAUCAGAUUGCCCCCAAGGACACAAGGCUGCCUUUUGCCAUCAUCUCAUUAAUGCUUCAUUUCAACUGGACCUGGAUGGGGCUGGUCAUCUCUGAUGAUGACCAAGGUAUUCAAUUUCUCUCAGACUUCAGAGAAAAGAUGCAAGGACAUGAACUGUGCUUAGACUUUGUGAAUGUGAUCCCAAUAAACAUGAAGUUAUAUAUUACAAGGGCUGAGAAAUAUUAUGAACAAAUUGUGACAUCAUUGACAAAUGUUGUGAUCAUUUAUGGUGAAAUGAAUUCUACACUGGAAGUGGGCUUUAAAAGAUGGGCAUAUUUAGGCAUCCAUAGGAUCUGGAUCACCAACUCACAGUGGGAUGUCAUCACAAAUACGAGAAGAGACUUCAUUCUUGACUCAUUCUAUGGAGCUUUUACAUUUUCUCAUCACCAUCAUGAGAUUCCCAAUCUAAAAAAAUUUAUUCAGACAAUGAACACUUCCCAAUAUCCAAUAGACAUUUCUGUGUUGAGAUCAGAAUGGAUGUACUUUAAUUGUUUGUACAUUGAAUCUCAAUGUAGAAGACAGAGAAAGUGUUCACCUAACACCUCAUUAGAAUGGUAUGCAAGUCAAGGAUUUGACAUAGCCAUGAAUGAUGAGAAUUACAAUCUAUAUAAUGCUGUGUAUGCUUGGGCAUAUGCCUACCAUGAAAUGUAUUAUGAACAGGUAGAUGUUCACCCAAUAAUCAGUCUAUGCAUACUUGACUGCUCGAAGUUUUACCACAAUCUGAAGAAUGUGCAAUUUAUCAACCCUGCUGGAGACCUAGUGAAUAUUAAUGAUAAAAUAAAAUAUGAGGCAGACUAUGAUAUUUUCCACAUUUCAAAUUUUCCACAAGGUCUUGGAAUAAAGCUGAAACUAGGACAGUUUUCUUCAUAUGGUUCCCUCAGUCAACAAUUGCAUUUGUCUGAUGAGGCAAUAGAGUGGGCCACUGGGGGUAGGCAGAUUCCCUCCUCUGUGUGCAGUGAGACUUGCAGGCCUGGUUUCAGGAAGUUCAGACAGGAGGGAAAGGCAGCCUGCUGUUUUGAUUGUUUCCCCUGCCCAGAAAAUGAGAUUUCUAACCAAACGGAUAUGGAUCAGUGUGUGAAAUGCCCAAUCACUCAGUAUGCCAGCAUACAGAAAACUCACUGUCUCCAAAAAUCUGUGACAUUUCUGUCUUAUGAAGACCCUUUGGGGAUGACUCUGACUUGCUUGGCCCUGUGCUUCUCUGUACUCACUGCUCUUAUUCUUGGGGUUUUUGUUAAGUACCAGGACACACCAAUUGUGAAGGCCAAUAAUCGCACAAACAGCUACAUCCUGCUUAUCGCACUCAAGUUCUGUUUUCUCUGUCCAUUACUUUUCAUUGGACAUCCCAACAACACCAAUUGCAUUCUGCAGGAGAUCACAUUUGCAAUUCUUUUCACUGUGGCUGUGUCCACUGUCUUGACCAAAACAAUUACUGUGGUUCUGGCUUUCAGAGUCACUGCUCCAGGAAAAAAGAUGAGGGUGUUGCUGGUAUCAGGAGCACCUAACUUCAUCAUUCCCAUAUGUACUUUGAUCCAACUUGUUCUCUGUGGAUUCUGGCUGGGAACAUACCCUCCAUUUGUUGACACUGAUCCACAUUUGGAAGAUGGCAAUAUCAUCAUUGUGUGCAAGAAAGGCUCAGACACUGCCUUCUACUGUGUCCUGGGAUACCUGGGUUCCUUGGCUAUAGGGAGCUUCAUUGUGGCUUUCAUGGCCAGAAACCUUCCUGAUACAUUCAACGAAGCCAAAUUCUUGACUUUCAGCAUGCUGGUGUUCUGCAGUGUGUGGGUCACAUUCCUCCCUGUCUACCAUAGCAGCAAGGGGAAGGCCAUAGUGACCAUAGAGGUCUUUGCUAUCUUGGCCUCCACUGCAGGGUUGCUAGGUUGCAUCUUUUUCCCAAAGUGCUACAUCAUUCUGAUAAGACCCAGUAAAAACUCUCUAAAGAUGACAAAGAAAAAACAUAUUUUCCAACCAAUUGUUUUUUAA